CCCUAGCCACCACGGCUCCUAAAAAGCACUCCCCCGAACGCCGCCGCGCGCCCACCCCACGCAGCAACACAGCACAAGUCCGCCGCCGCCGGAGAAGGAGAAGGAGAAGGAGGAGAGGAGCGGAAGAGCAAGAUGGGGCGCGUCCGCACGAAGACGGUGAAGAAGACGUCGCGGCAGGUGAUCGAGAAGUACUACUCGCGCAUGACGCUCGACUUCCACACGAACAAGAAGGUGCUGGAGGAGGUGUCGAUCCUGCCGUCGAAGCGCCUCCGCAACAAGGUGGCCGGCUUCAGCACCCACCUGAUGCGCCGCAUCCAGCGCGGUCCCGUCCGCGGCAUCUCGCUCAAGCUCCAGGAGGAGGAGCGCGAGCGCCGCAUGGACUUCGUCCCGGAGAAGUCGGCGCUCGAGGUCGACGAGAUCCGCGUCGACAAGGAGACCCUCGACAUGCUCGCCUCGCUCGGCAUGGCCGAGCUCCCCGGCGUCGUGCGCCAGGCCGACGUCUCCUCCUCCGCCCCGCAGUACGGCGCCCGCCUCCCCUACGCCCGCCGCGACCGUGCCUAAGGUGACUGCAUCCUCGUCAUGCUUGCUCGCCUCCUCGUCCAUUGCUUGCGCUCGCAGCAGCAGCAGCGAAUGCAAGAAAUUUUAUGCUUUGAUUGCAGUUUUGUAAUACAGAGAUUCAAAGAACCACCGCGUCUAUGGUUAUUAUUGUCUUGGUCAUAAUUAUGAGAUCAUUCAGCUUGCCUUGUUAAUCGCUAUGACUGUACGUGCGUGUAACCUUUUGCGUCAUGCUGCUGCUUGCUAAUUGCCAUUACAUUUACUGCUUAUCUGAAUAUCUGUUACUGGUA